AGGGGGGGGAGGGAGGGCAGGCAGGCGGCCGUUCUCUCCGGCUAUAAAGGGCCCCGGGACUCCGAAGCUCGCCUCAGCUUCCUCCGACUCCGCCUUCGCCGCCUUCCUCCCAACUAGAGCUCCAGUUCCCGCUCAGGUUCCAAUCGACCCACUCGGGCUCGGCUACUCGGGCUGCAGCAGAAGAUGGCGGCUCCGGUGGCUCGGGGCGAGUGCUCCGAGGCGGCGCUGGCUGCAGCCCUGGCGGAUGUGCCGGAACUAGCCCGACUUCUGGAGCUCGACCCGUACCUGAAGCCCUUCGCCCUGGACUUCCAGCGCAGGUAUAAGAAGUUUAAUGAGACUUUGAACAACAUCGGAGAGAACGAAGGUGGUAUUGAUAAGUUUUCCAGAGGUUAUGAAUCGUUUGGUGUCCACAGAUGUGCUGAUGGUGGUUUGUACUGCAAAGAAUGGGCCCCAGGAGCAGAAGGAGUUUUUCUCACUGGAGACUUCAAUGAUUGGAAUCCAUUUUCAUAUCCAUACAAGAAACUGGAUUAUGGAAAGUGGGAGCUUUAUAUCCCACCAAAGCAGAAUAAAUCUCAACUUGUACCUCAUGGAUCCAAAUUAAAGGUAGUUAUUAGGAGUAAAAGUGGAGAGAUCUUGUAUCGUAUUUCACCAUGGGCGAAAUAUGUGACUCGUGAAGGUGAAAAUGUGAAUUAUGAUUGGAUACACUGGGAUCCAGAACACCCAUAUAAAUUUAAGCAUUCCAGACCAAAGAAGCCAAGAGGUGUAAGAAUUUAUGAAUCUCAUGUGGGAAUUUCUUCCUAUGAAGGAAAAAUAGCUUCUUAUAAACAUUUUACAUACAAUGUACUACCAAGAAUCAAAGACCUUGGAUACAACUGCAUUCAGAUGAUGGCAAUCAUGGAGCAUGCUUACUAUGCCAGUUUUGGUUACCAGAUCACAAGCUUCUUUGCAGCUUCAAGCCGUUAUGGAACGCCUGAAGAGCUGAAAGAACUGGUUGACACAGCUCACUCAAUGGGCAUUACAGUCCUCUUAGAUGUGGUGCAUAGCCAUGCUUCAAAAAAUUCGGAAGAUGGAUUGAAUAUGUUUGAUGGAACAGAUUCCUGUUAUUUUCAUUCUGGACCUAGAGGGAAUCAUGAUCUUUGGGACAGUCGAUUGUUUAUCUACUCCAGCUGGGAAGUUUUAAGAUUCCUUCUGUCAAACAUAAGAUGGUGGUUAGAAGAAUAUGGCUUUGAUGGAUUUCGUUUUGAUGGUGUUACAUCCAUGCUGUAUCAUCACCAUGGAAUGGGUCAAGCUUUUUCAGGUGAUUACCAUGAAUAUUUUGGACUUCAAGUUGAUGAAGAUGCCUUGAUUUAUCUCAUGUUGGCAAAUCAUUUGGUUCACACAUUGUAUCCCGAUUCUAUAACAGUAGCUGAGGAUGUGUCAGGAAUGCCAGCUCUCUGUUCUCCGAUUUCCCAGGGAGGAGUCGGCUUUGACUAUCGAUUAGCUAUGGCAAUUCCAGAUAAAUGGAUCCAGCUACUUAAAGAGUUUAAAGAUGAAGAUUGGAAUAUGGGCAAUAUUGUAUACACACUCACAAACAGACGCUACCUUGAAAAAUGCAUUGCUUAUGCAGAGAGUCAUGAUCAGGCACUAGUUGGGGAUAAGACACUGGCAUUUUGGUUGAUGGAUGCUGAAAUGUAUACCAACAUGAGUGUUCUGACCCCGUUUACUCCAGUUAUUGAUCGUGGAAUACAGCUUCAUAAAAUGAUUCGACUCAUUACUCACGCUCUCGGUGGAGAAGGCUAUCUCAAUUUCAUGGGUAAUGAAUUUGGCCAUCCUGAAUGGUUAGACUUCCCAAGAAAAGGAAAUAAUGAGAGCUACCAUUAUGCCAGAAGGCAGUUUCAUUUAACUGAUGAUGACCUCCUUCGCUAUAAGUUCCUAAAUAACUUUGACAGGGAUAUGAAUAAAUUGGAAGAAAGAUGUGGUUGGCUUUCAGCUCCACAGGCCUAUGUGAGUGAAAAGCACGAAGGCAAUAAGAUCAUCGCUUUUGAGAGAGCAGGCCUUGUUUUUAUUUUCAACUUUCAUCCAAGCAAGAGCUACACUGAUUACCGAGUUGGAACAACAUUGCCAGGAAAAUUCAGAAUUGUGCUAGAUACAGAUGCAGCAGAGUAUGGAGGGCACCGGAGACUGGACCAUAGUACCGAGUUUUUCUCUCAACCUUUUAAACAUAAUGAACGUCCCUGUUCUCUUUUGGUGUACAUUCCGAACCGAGUGGGCCUCAUCCUUCAGAACGUGGAUAUGCCCAAUUGAAGAGACGUGGUUUCAGCUUCACCAGAAGAUGUGUGCUUUGUUUUCCUGUUCUCAUUGUCACAGAGCUUGUAGUGUGUAAGCCUUUCAAAAUACAGUUGUCUAGACGAAACAUCAGGUGUCUGAAAUUUAAUAUUGGUUUAUGCAAAUGAAUGUCAGACUUUUAUCGAAAGAGAGGGGGAAAUAUUUUUGCAAUUUCAAGGAUUCUAGACUAUAUUUUCCAGGCAUCUGAGCAGCUAGGAUUCUCAAAUGAAGUAUUAUAUGUAAUGUCUUUAAACAGCUUUACUUUCCAUGCCAGUAUUUGAUACUUAAAGUUCAAAUUUGAAUCAUGUGUCAUGUAUGAUUAUUUCUGUUGAAUAUAUACAGUAUUUUUUUAAGAUGAAUAUUUGAUGACUUUAUUUGUUCUAAGUAUCUCUUGGUUUAAAUGACAAAGUGCCAAGAUUGUCACUCUGUUUUUUUUUUCAAAUUGUGUUUAGAAAUACUGUAAUAAAUAUGUAGUAAUAAUAUAACAUUAAGAAUUGAAUCAAAGAUAAUAUAAAAUUCUUUAUCUAUAAACUCAUCCAUGCUUCAUUUUGCUAAGUUUUAUCUCAUGAUCUCUGCUUCACUUAGUAUCUUUGUGGAUGCUGAUAUUUCAGUCUUUCUGAAGGCCUGGAAUAGUAAUUGUAACAAUUCACAAAAUGUCUUUUACUUUAGAUCAAUAAAAUUAAAAAUUGCAAAA